GGCAGACUCCAAAGUUCAUUAGUCAUGCAGCUGUCAUUCGGUUCUGCAAAGCCAACCCCCGCCUCUUCCCCUUCUAUACCGCAAAUUAUCGUUUGCAGCUGUCGAAUCUUUCUCUCUCUCCACUUUUUCUUUCCUUCCUCUCACACUUGAUGUUCCAAACAACUCAUCAAAUAAUGACAGCAACAACAAUAACAUCAUAAACUAUAUCCACCUCUCGCUCUGUCUCUCUGACCCCUUUCAAUAAUUUUUUCACUGAUCUGAAAGAGGGCGAAUGGAGUUGGAGGCAUAUAUAGAGCUCAAAGCUAGCAAAGAAAAUGAUUUCGACACAGAUUAAGGUAUAGCUAGCCUAGUCCGCUAUCUCUUGUACCAAGCCUGAGGGCUAGCCAUAAAGUGAUAUGCCGGAGCGUUCAUGCACAACGAGGGAUACCAGCCAUUCGUCAUUGGUUUUGAUGAUUUAGAUGCCAAUAUGGCUUCCCCACAAUACCGAUCACAGUUCGGAGACACCACGUUUACCAAAGUGUUUGUCGGAGGCCUUGCGUGGGAAACACCGACCGAAGAAAUGCGCAGAUAUUUCGAGCGGUUUGGGGAGAUUCUCGAAGCUGUGAUAAUCACCGAUAAGAGUACAGGAAAAUCUAAGGGAUACGGAUUCGUGACUUUUCGCGACCCGGAAUCGGCGAGGAGGGCUUGUGCUGAACCAAACCCUGUGAUCGAUGGGCGGAGAGCCAACUGUAAUAUCGCUUCGUUUGGACGACCCCGACCUUCACCGCCCCGAGGAAGAAAUCAAGGAAGUAGUUCUUACCAAGGACGUGCACCACAGCCACCAGAGCCAUAUGGUGCACUACCGUAUAGCGGAAUCCCGGCUGCCUUACCUCCGCCGCCUCCUCUUCCUGUCAUUUAUCCGAAUUUUGGGUAUCCAACCUACGCGACUGGUUAUGGCUACCACCAAGCUCUAUAUAACACACAACUCCAACAGCCACAAUACUACCAGAAUUUGUACGGCACAUCUUCUCCCUAUUACUAUGGUUUCUCGUCAUCCGAAUCCCCAAUCAGGAGAACAUCUUCUACAGUAACCCGGGGCCAACGCUCACCCGGAUCCCUACUCCCUACCUAUCCUUCUCCACCACUUCAACCACCCACUAGACAUCCUGUUCCGUACGCUUCUACCGCUGCAGAUUCACAGACGCAACAGCGAAUUGUUUCCACAGAAACGGAAGCGCAAGUCGUUCCUUCAGAAAGUCCAAAUAACUAAAGCGCUUUAGUCAUUCAUCAACAAUAUAUACACAUGGUUUGGCCACAAGUUUCAAUUGUAUGAUAUUGACAAGUUUAAUGGCUAGCUAUCAUCUCUUUUUAUUUC